AUGGCGCCCAGUCUGGACGGCGAGCGCGCUAGACAACUGGCAAUCACGCUACUCGGCGCCAAAGAUGGAGGACGCCAUCAUCAGGAGCGCGCCUUGGUGUUGACGAGUUUGCGUCGUCAGAUACGAUGUUGCGCCUUAGCUACGACAAUGUCAUGGUUUUACGAGUUAAUAGACCGUCAACUCGCCGCUGAAACCGUAGCUCAGGCGCAACGUCGUUUCGUGCGACGCAAACUCGUCAACACCAAUGCGCGCUCCUGA